AUGUCUUCAUUCUUCUCAUCCAGGUCUAAAUCGCAGGUCCGAGUUAGUUCACAAUUCAACAAAAGCUCCAACGAAAGGUUUGGUGACUUUGAGAAUAGAAGCCGGCUAUCAUUCUCCAAGAUGCGGAAGAAAAGGCCGCCUCCAAUCAAUAUUGCGGUGGCUGGAAAUGUUAUCAUCACAAAUGCCACCCCGACAUCCCAAGUGAUAUAUGCAGAUAUGCCAUGGUCAGCCUCAAACCCCCCGACUCCCCGCGCAAACGUUUGCUCCAACCCGGGAUGUAUGGCUCGAGAGACGAUGCCCAUGAGCUCACCUGUGGAUGCUCAAUUCAGGUUGAACAGCCCAAAUGCAUCCUGUAACUGCCGGCAGUACAUUCAGUCAACACCAUCAAACCCGUCUUACAUCUCUCCUCAUCAUGCGUGCUUCUCAGCAGCAGAGCUUCCAGGUUCAUUUGCAUCUCCCAAGAGCAGCGUUGAGCUUGAUGCACCCACAACGCCAACGAGGCUCACAUUCGAUCAUCUGGACGAGCAUAUAUUGGACUCCCCCCCGAACUUGACGUUGAGUCCAAAGACUGAGCCGACGCAAUCAACCAGGCAAGGCCGUUACCCGUUCGGUCAGUUAAUAGAAACAGAGCCAACUCGCAACGGGAAAUCCCUGAGACAGAUGGAUUACGAUGAGCUCAUGGCUAUUCUCCCGGAUCUUACCCAGGGUCAAGUCAAGACGUACUGGAAUCCAGCCAUUCGCAAAGAGCUUGAGGGAGAAAAUCGUCAACAAACCAGGUCUGCCCCUGCUGCUAGAUCAAGUAGAUGGAGUGAACGUGUAAGAACUAGCCAGUCCGACUUCCAUAUUUUAUCCAGACGACUAACACUUCGGUACAUAGAACGAGGUAUCGGAAGGCGGAGAAGACCCUGA